ACAAAGAGGUCUGCGUGGCAACAUCUGAGGAACCAGACUACAGUGAAGCGCACUGAAAAGCCGCCGUAUCGAGCUAUGUCGCAGCAUUUACAACCUUUACAUGUAUUAUUUGGAAUUUGUGUAGCGAUAACUUGCUACGCGUUCGUGAUAUGCUACGUUAUGGAAAGACCUCUUUUUCGUGUUCCAACAAUCUAUCUAGUUUCAUUCAGAGACGAAAAAACCAGAAAUCUGUUAGAGGAGUUGCAAGAAUCUCGGAAACAUUUUGCUAGUGUGAAAGCCUCUAUCGACGACAGAUGCACAAGGUUCCAAAAGCCUCUUUCCGAGAAACAACUUGACUAUUUCUACACACGCGCCGUCGUAGACGAUAAUCACAAAGUUAUCUACUGUCCUGUUUGGAAGUCAGGCUCGACCUCUUGGAGAGCAGUUAUGCUUGUACUGGAAGGCUCAUUCAAAUCUCUCGACGAUGCCGUCAAAUCAGUUCGUUCGGUUAGAGGCUUGACAACACUGAAAUCGUACAAGAACAAAUCAGAAAUUGAAUUCAGACUUAGAACUUACAAAAAGUUUAUGGCUUACAGAGAGCCACUCAAUCGUUUCGCAGCAGACUACUUAAUGUUGAAAAGAAAAGGUGAAGGUUACGAACGACAAAGUCGCGAAAUAGUAAAAUACGCUAACUCCGUGAGAGGACGUCGCGAUUCCAAACAUGUGUGGCAAAACAUGAGCAUCUGCGACUUUGCCAAGUUUGUGUCUCGUUUCGGUAACAAGACAACGAAAAUGAUUAAAUUAAAUCACCAGUGGAUACCACAGAAUAUGGCGUGUUAUCCGUGUCACAUUCACUACGAUUAUUACAUCGAUAUGGAGAGUUCAACCGUUGACGUUGACAGUCGUUACCUUUUGAUGAUUCUAGGCGCGCCACAUUGGUUGAAGAUGCCUCAUGUCAAUCCUACGACUAAAGACAAAACAACGCAUUUGUUGCAACUAUCUGAGCAGUUGUACAAUCACCUUGUGUCUGUUUACUACAAUGACUACGAGAUUUUUGGUUUUAGGAAACCAGAACGCAGUAGCAUGAAACUCUGAAUGUGUAAAUUUCAAUCAGCCUUAAGGAUUUAUAGUAUGUUUAGGACUUGUUUGCAUGCAAUUUUUAACUUUACUACAAGAAUCUUAGACAUCAGUUCUUAUAACAUAGGGUCUACGAAAAUGCUAAAUUUUGAC